AUGCGAAGGAGGACUUGGAGGAGAACAAAGAAACAACCACAUCAUAGAUGGGAUGCUAUCAGGAAUCAAUUAGAUCAGCUACUACGCUACGGACGACUAGAGACAACAAUAACACGAGCAAAAGAAUUACAACCUUAUGCAGAAGAAAUUAUUCAUCUUGCUAAAAGAGGUGAAGAAAAAUCGUUAGCAGUAGAAUCAAUUCUUCGUACACCUGCAGCACGUCGUCGUUUAUUUGAGGAAUUAAUUGGGGUGUACAGACACCGCAACUUUUUUUUUACUAGGGUUAUUAAUCAAUUUAGGUUACGCCUGGUGAGCUACGACCAGCACAGCCUGUUGGCAUAG